UAAUUAUAAGGAGAGAAAAUAAACAAAAACCAAGAAGAAACAUAAAAAAAAAAAACGGUUUUCAAACAUCGUUAAACAAUAGACCGAGGCAAAACAGACGCCGACGCCGACCAACAGUGCCUAUGUACAUUGGUUACAAACAUUAUUCUUUCAUUUGAUUACUUACGCAAACCCAAAACAAUAAUAAGGAGCAACGGUGUAAACAGAAGUGCGCCCCUCUCUGUCUCUACGGAACCAGGACUGCCAUAGCCAUAGUCAAUAAUCAAAGCCAAAGCCGCCCAGCGUAGACUUCUGUAGAAUUACGAUAAAACUCAGACACACCCACACCCAUACACACACAUACACACACACACACACUCUCUCACACCUGAUAAGCAGCCAACAUAAUACAACAAACGACGACGGCGCUAAGCAAUUGUGACGCGGGUGCAGCCACUGGGCGCAACAAUGACAUUCGAUACGCGCCGGCAAGGCACAGGAACUGGCCAAGCCACGACCAACAACAGCAGCAGCAGCACCACCACAACCACCACCACCACUACCACGAACACCACAACCACCACCACCACCACCGCUGGCAUAACGAGCACAGCUCAAGACGCUGGCACGGGCACAACAGCAGUCACAACAUCGAGCAUGUCCAGCAGCGGUGGCGAUACCAACAAUAGCAAUACGAACAGCCAGGAUGGGGCCCAAGUUACGGAUGCCCUAACAGAAGCAGGUGGCAAUGCUGUAGAGAGUGCCGCUACAGUAAUGACGCCGGAAAAGCUGAUAGCGUCAUUUCCAACCGCCAAGUUGCGCUCCCUAACACAAAAGAUAUCCAAUCCACGCUGGGUUGUGCCCGUGCUGCCCGAACAGGAGCUGGAAGUGCUGCUUAAUGCCGCCAUUGAACUGGCCCAAGCUGGUGUGGAUCAUGACUGCGAGCCGUGUGUUGAGUUUUAUCGCAAUGGCUUAACCACAUCCUUUGCUAAAAUACUUACCGAUGAGGCAGUCAAUUCGUGGAAGUACAAUAUACAUCACUGCAUUUUGUUGUCGUGCGGCAAGCUGUUGAAUUUAAUUGCGAUACACAUGCAGCGCGAUAAUCCCUACCUCCUUGAUUUGCUGGCCAUUGUUUUUGAUCCCGAUAAUAAGUUCAACACGUUCAAUGCGGUACGCCAGCCGGAGUGCUUUGCGGCGUCUGAUUCUAUUUGGGGUGUGCUGGACAGUAAUAAGAUGUAUGCGAAACCGCCGCCAGAGCCAAAGAAUCCGCGCGGCUGGCUAGUCGAUCUCAUAAAUCGCUUUGGGCAGUUGGGCGGAUUUGAUAAUCUGCUCGAGCGUUUCAAUAGCGGCCUGGAGUUGUUGAAACGCAAUCAAAACACAAAGGGUGGAGCAGUCAAGAGCAUCGCAUCCAAUGAGAGCGUGGGCGUGGAAGGCGCCGGACACGACAAUCGACUGACACUGGCGCUCAUACACAGCCUGCUUCGACCUUUUGGCCAAUGUUAUGAGCUGCUAACGCCAGCUACCAUUGCCAAGUACUUUAUGCCCACGUGGAAUGUGGUGCUGGAUCUGCUUGAUAGUUUCACCGAUGAUGAGUUGAAACGCGAGGUUAAACCCGAGGGCCGCAAUGACUAUAUAAAUGGCAUUGUGAAGUCGGCGCGUUCCCUGGCCAGCCGUUUAACCGGUCAGGAGGAAAUGAUACGCGAUCUAGAGAUGUUUCGCCUUAAAAUGAUAUUGCGCCUGCUGCAGGUCUCCAGUUUCAAUGGCAAGAUGAAUGCCCUAAACGAGAUCAACAAGGUGCUUUCCUCGGUGGCAUACUACUCGCAUCGCUCUCAGCCCCUGCCUCAUUGCUUACCCGAGGAUGAAAUGGACUGGCUGACUGCAGAGCGCAUGGCCCAAUGGAUUAAGUCAUCCGAUGUGCUUGGCAUUGUGCUCAAGGACUCAUUGCAUCAGCCACAGUAUGUGGAAAAGCUGGAGAAGAUCAUACGCUUCCUUAUAAAAGAGCAGGCACUAACGCUUGACGAUCUCGACGCAGUGUGGCGAGCUCAAGCGGGCAAGCACGAAGCGAUUGUUAAAAACAUGCAUGAUCUGUUGGCCAAGCUGGCUUGGGACUUUACGCCCGAGCAGCUGGAUCAUCUAUUUGAGGCGUUUCAGGCCAGCAUGACGACCGCCAACAAGCGGCAGCGAGAACGCUUGCUAGAGCUAAUACGUCGUCUGGCCGAGGACGAUAAAAAUGGUGUGAUGGCACAGAAAGUGCUGAAGCUCUUCUGGACACUAGCGCACAGUCAAGAGGUGCCACCGGAAGUGCUCGAUCAGGCGCUUGGCGCGCACGUUAAGAUACUCGACUAUAGCUGCUCACAGGAGCGAGAUGCCCAAAAGACCAUUUGGCUGGAUAAGUGCGUGGGCGAGCUUAAAUCUGGCGACACGUGGGUGUUGCCCGCUUUGCGCCUGAUUCGGGAUAUAUGUUGCUUAUAUGACACAACACCCAACCAUGCGCCACGCACACAGACGGGCACCAAUCGGUUGCAGGUGAUUGAGCGUCUGCAGAACGAUUACUCUCUUGUGAUUCUGGUCACCAAUAGUCUGACUGCGUACAUGGAUAAGGUGCGCGCUAUGGUUAACGAGACGCCCAGCCUGGAUGCGGCGACUAUUCUGAUAGACGGUCGAUUUCCACAUCAUGCUCAGAUUGCCGAGCGUUUGGAGUUUCUCAAGUUCUUGCUGAAAGAUGGCCAGCUUUGGCUUUGCGCUGAUCAGAAAUCGUGGUUGUUCCAAUCGCAGGCGAAGCAAAUCUGGCAUUGUCUGGCUGUGAACGCCGUGUUUACGGCUGAUCGCGAGGAAUGUUUCCGCUGGUUCGGUAAACUAAUGGGCGAGGAGCCGGAUCUGGAUCCAGGCAUUAAUAAGGACUUCUUUGAGAAUAACAUACUGCAACUGGAUCCGCAUCUGCUGACAGAAAGUGGCAUCAAAUGCUUUGAGCGCUUCUUUAAAGCCGUCAAUUCCAAGGAGGACAAACUGAAGGCCAUUCACCGAGGCUACAUACUUGACAAUGAGGAUCUCAUCGGCAAGGAUUAUUUGUGGCGCGUGAUAACCACCGGUGGCGAGGAGAUUGCCAACAAGGCUAUCGAUCUAUUGAAGGAGGUUUCAACAGCACUGGGUCCGCGACUGCAGGAGCACAUAACCGAGUUCCAUGAAAUGUUCAUCGGUGAGUGUUGUUCGCGUCUGCGAACACACUACAGCAACAUUCUAAUACUGGGAAAAACGAUGCUGGAGGAUGCCGACAAUCAGGAUGCGAAUAAUGAUAAUUCAAAGGAUACAAAAAUGCGCUUCAUUGAGGCAGAGAAAAUGUGUCGCAUCAUCAAGGUGCUUCAGGAGUACAUUAAAGAGUGCGAUCGCUCCUUUAGCGGCGAUCGCAUCCAUCUGCCUCUCAGUCGCGUCACGCGCGGCAAGAAUACUAGUCUCUACAUACGUUUCCAAACGCCCGGACGGCCCAUUGACGACAUUGAGAUUGUUACGCACAGUAACGAGACAAUGGCAGCCUUCAAGCGCAAUCUGCUGAAGCGCAUCAAGGGCAACUCCACAUCUAAUACCAAUAUAAAGGUGGAUCUCUUCUAUACCAAUGGUGAGCUAAUCGAGGUCACCGACGAGAUCAAUCCACUAUACCAAUACACUAUACGCGACAAAAUGAUAUUAACGGCCAAGCUGACACCGGUGGGCAUUGGCCUGGCCAGCAGUCCCGACUCCUCCAGCGACUCCAGCACUGGUUCGCCACCUAGGCCCUGUCCGGAUAUGCAGCGCGUCGAGUCGGAGAGCACGUUGCCCGGCGUGAUUAUCUCACAGCACUAUCAGUACACUGAGUUCUUUUUGAAGCUCUAUCAACUGGGCAGUGACUUGGAGCACGGUCGCCUACGUGAUAGCGCCAAGGUUCUGCUGCAUUUGUUGCCCUGUGAUCGUCACACAAUGCGCAUGUUGCAGCUCAUGUGCCGCGUCCCUAAGUCGCCCGCCGGUGAUGGUCCCAAGGAGGAGGAUGCUUUGACUGGCAGCGGUCAAACCGCUAGUGAUGCGCUAAAUGCCGAGGACUGCACACCUGAGCAGAUGUUCCUGCACCCGGCACCUGCCCAAGUUCUGUAUAAUCUGAGCGUUCUGCAUGGAUUGUUGAUACCUGCGCUGGAUCCGCUGGGCGAGUCAGCGCUGCAAGUGCAAUCCGCCUGGAUGCAUUCGGGGUGUGCUCAUUUCGUGCUUGAGCUGCUCACAAAAAACAACUUUUUGCCUAGUGCUGAUAUGCACACAAAGCGUGCCUCCUUCCAGUGUGUGCUGCGUCUGGCCAAGCUGUUUCUCUACAUAGUGGGUAGCGUAUUGUCCCGCGUGGGCGAUGAACCAAUGAUCUGUGACUAUGACAACGGCGCUCGCUCUCAGGUGGACAUACUUAAGCAGAACUUCUCGACGAUGCCCAACAAUGCGCAGGGCACGCUGCGCGCCAUCUCGGCCAAGCUGGCUGAGAUAUUGGCCACCGAGAUGCUAUCGGCCAGUCAUGAGGGUGAACGCUGUCGUGCACUCUUUAGCUCCACGCUGCAAUGGUCCUGUCCAGAUAUAACCACCAUCAAGGCGGUGGUGCAGCUAGCGUGGGCCUCGUCGUGCGGUAAUCUUCAAGCUUUGGGCAGCACCAACGAUUUCGAGGAUGAUGCCAUCAUACCCGAUGGCCAAGAUUUCAGCAUGUGCAAGGAGGCGCUAGAGGUGUUAACGAUCUCUUUUAUACUCAAUCCCAGCGCCAAUGAAGCGCUGAGCAAUGAUGCCAAUUGGCCCAAAUUUAUUACCUCAAUUGUGCUGAAGAAUCCGUUGCGCCAUGUGCGUCAAGUGGCAUCUGAGCAGCUGUUCCUGGCGUCCACCUAUUGCGCCGGUGAUCGUCGCCCGUUUGUCUACAUGGUCAAUCUGCUUGUGAGCGCACUGAAAACCCUGGUGCCCCAGUACGAGGCCACUUGCGCGGAAUUCUUUUCGGUUCUCUGUCGCACGCUCUCCUAUGGAUGCAUAUACAACUGGCCACUGCAGAUUGGUGAGGGUCUUCUGGGCGAUGAGAUCAAGUGGCUGCGUAAGAUACGUGAAAACGUCAAACUCACCAGUGAAACACAGGUGCACGAGGAACUGCUUGAGGGCCAUCUUUGUUUGGCCAAGGAGCUAAUGUUCUUCCUGAUGCCUGACUCAAAGGCGCAGCUGAACGAGCUAAUACACGAGCUCAUCGAUGACUUUUUGUUCACGGCAUCGCGCGAGUAUCUGCAUUUACGCAAGCACGGCAGCCUGCGCCUGGACACGGUGCCACCACCAGUGUGCCGCAGUCCGCACACAAUUGCUGCCGCUUGUGAUCUUCUUAUUGCUUUGUGCCAGCUCUGUGUUCCUAAUAUGAAGCUACUCACCAAUACACUCAUCGAUUUCGUCUGUACGGAUACCGAUCCGUUGCGCGAAUGGGAUUAUCUGCCGCCGGUGGGGGCUCGGCCAGCUAAAGGAUUCUGUGGUUUGAAAAACGCUGGAGCUACCUGCUACAUGAACUCGGUGCUGCAGCAACUGUACAUGGUGCCAGCUGUGCGUGUGGGCAUCCUCAAGGCACAUGGAGCUGCUACCAAUGACAACGAGGAUUUCAGCGGCGACUCGGAUUUAACUAGCGGCGGCGCUGGUGGCAUGGGCCCCUCCUUUUUUGGCCCCUCAGCAAUACCGACGCUCGCAUCGUCAUCAGCAGCUGCCACCAUGGGAGCUGAUGACGGCUCCGAUGUGCGCAAGAACUAUCAUGUGAUCAUACUUAAGCAUGUGCAGGCCAUAUUCGCUCAUUUGGGCCACAGUGCGCUGCAGUUCUAUGUGCCACGCGGUCUCUGGACGCAUUUUAAACUGCAAGGCGAGCCGGUGAAUUUGCGCGAGCAACAGGAUGCAGUUGAGUUCUUUAUGUCGCUGUUUGAGAGUCUCGAUGAAGGACUCAAAGCACUUGGCUACACGCAGCUGAUGAAUGCAACGUUGGGUGGCUCGUUUAGUGAUCAAAAGAUUUGCCAAGAGUGCCCACAUCGCUACUCCAAAGAGGAACCAUUUAGCGUAUUUAGUGUUGAUAUUAGGAAUCAUAGCUCAUUAACUGAAUCUCUGGAGCAGUAUGUAAAAGGAGAGCUGCUCGAGGGAGCUGAUGCAUACCAUUGUGAUAAAUGUGAUAAAAAAGUAGUUACCAUUAAGCGGCUAUGUGUCAAGAAGCUGCCGCCCGUGUUAGCCAUACAAUUGAAGCGCUUUGAAUACGACUACGAGCGCGUUUGCGCGAUUAAGUUUAAUGAUUAUUUUGAAUUUCCGCGUAUCCUGGAUAUGGAGCCCUACACAGUUUCUGGCCUAGCUAAGCUAGAAGGCGAAGUUGUGGAAGUAGGUGAUAAUUGUCAAACAAGUGUUGAAACAACAAAAUACGAACUGACCGGCAUUGUGGUGCAUAGCGGACAGGCAUCCGGUGGCCACUACUUCAGCUACAUAGUAUCCAAAAAUCCUGCGAACGGCAAGUGCCAAUGGUACAAGUUCGAUGAUGGCGAGGUAACUGAAUGCAAAAUGCACGAGGAUGAGGAAAUGAAGGUGCAAUGCUUUGGCGGCGACUAUUUGGGCGAAAUUUAUGAUAACAAUCUAAAGCGCAUGCAAUAUCGACGUCAAAAGCGCUGGUGGAAUGCGUAUAUGCUUUUCUACACGCGUUGCGAUCAAAAUCCCACACAUUUCGAACCCAGUGUGGAGCAGUUGUCGCUAACAGAGAGCCGUAAUGUGGUGCUGCCCCUACCGAAGCCAAUUGAGCGAAGUGUCAGACAUCAAAAUAUUCGUUUUCUGCAUUCGCGCAGCAUUUUCUCGGUCGAGUUCUUUAAUUUUAUUAAAAAGCUGGUCAGUUGCAGUAUUCCCUCAACGCGCAGCGAUAAAAUUACACCUGCUGCUGAGGAACUUUCGCUGCUGGGCGUACAGUUGGCAUCACAGUUUCUGUUCCAUACUGGAUUUCGUACUAAAAAAUCGCUGCGUGGUCCCGUCAUCGAAUGGUAUGACACGCUCUCACAUCACAUACGUUCCUCCUCGCUGGUGCGCAAGUGGUUUGCGAAUCAUGCCCUGCUCUCGCCACCGUCGCGCCUGGGCGAGUAUAUAUUGAUGGCGCCCUCCCCGGAGGUGCGCACCGUGUUCGUCAAGCUGGUUGUGUUCUUUUGCCAUUUCGCCAUCAAUGAUGAGCCGCUUGUUGGCUACGAGGGUAGCAAUCUCUGCGAGCAGGUUCUUAUUAGUGUGCUGCGUCUGCUUAAAUCUGAGGCUGCUGACUAUGGCAAGCAUUUACCGCAUUACUUCAGUCUGUUCAGCAUGUACGUGGGCCUGGGUACUCGCGAGAAGCAACAGCUACUCAAGUUAAAUGUGCCCGUGCAGUUUAUGCAGGUGGCCAUGGACGAUGGAUCAGGGCCGUCGAUUAAGUAUCAGUAUCCAGAAUUUAGCAAGCUGCAUCAGGUGGUGUCGCAUUUGGUGCGCUGCAGCGAUGUCAGCGACAAGUGCCAGAGCUCCAAUCAAAAUGCGCGACCUCUGCCCAAUCCGUACAAGGACGCAAGUAUUUCCCAAGAGGAGCUGACGCCGCUGUCCAGUGAAUGCAUGGAUAUUCUCUUCAAUCGCACCGGCUAUAUCAAAAAGGUUAUCGAGGACACGAAUGUGGGCGAUGAGGGUUUGAAGCUGCUACAGUAUUGCAGCUGGGAAAAUCCACAUUUCUCGCGUGCGGUGCUCACAGAGCUGCUGUGGCAAUGUGGCUUCGCCUAUUGCCAUGAUAUGCGCCACCACACAGAUCUAUUGCUGAACAUAUUGCUGAUUGAGGAUUCUUGGCAGCAUCAUCGCAUACACAAUGCGCUCAACGGCGUGGCGGAGGAGCGUGAGGGCCUGUUAGAGACGAUACAGCGCGCCAAGACGCACUAUCAGAAGCGCGCCUAUCAGAUAAUCAAAUGUCUAACACAGCUGUUCCACAAGUCACCCAUUGCGCUUCAAAUGCUGAACACUAAUCCUAGUAUAAGUCGUCAUUGGAGCAUUGCCGUUGAGUGGCUGCAGGAUGAGCUGGAACGCCAGCGUGGCAUAGGCUGUCAGUAUAACUCGUACUCAUGGUCGCCGCCGGCACAGAGCAAUGACAACACCAAUGGCUACAUGCUCGAGCGCUCACAAUCGGCAAAGAACACCUGGUCCAUGGCAUACGAGCUGUGCCCGGAGGAGGUGAGCGAGAAAGCUACGACGGAUCAGGAAGAGAACAACGAAUCUGACUUGGAAUCAAACGAUGACAACAAGCAGGAGCUACAACAGCCGGCGCAGACGCAGCAGCCACAAGUCGCAGAUACGAAUGCUGGCAAAGAGCAACAGCAGCCAGAUAACAAAUCGGCCAACUAUCCACAGCUAGCAACAAUCCCAACAAUUGGCGGAUGGCCCGGCCCUGCCCCAAACUCAACACCGACUUCUACACCAGCACCAAACUCGGGUUCCAUAGAUGGCAAUGGCAUACCGAAUUUGUCACGUCAAUUGUUUAGCGCCUACACAUCUAUGGGCGUCGUCUCCUCCAGUGACAAUGCUGCGCCGACUGUCGGUGGCGGUGGGGGCAGCGGAAGCGGUGCCAACAGCGAAACCGAGAGCAGCGCUCAGGAUACGGGCAACACCGACUCCAACAUAAAUGGCCUUACCAACAGUUUGGAUUAUUUUUUAAAAUUUAAUAUUUCAUCAAAACAGCAGUGUACGCCAAACAGGAAAGAUCGAAGAAGGACAAGGGAAAAGAAGAAUGUAUUUAGAAGUUCGGAGGAGUACGAGGAAGUAGCAGCAACAGAGGCAACAACAACACCAAUGCCUGCAACAGAUACAACAGCGCCUAGCGCAAUAAAAACACAAGCAGCAGUUGCAGAUAGCUCAGCAGCAACAACAACAACAGUUGCAGCAACAACAAACGAGACAACAUCAUCAACAGACACAACAGCAACAUUGUUAACGCCGGCGAACACUACAACUACAACAACAGCAACAACACCAGCAACAACAACAACAACAACGGGAGCGGCUGAACUCAAUUCAAUAAUGGAGAAGAACUUAAUUUAAAAUCUAUAGAAACAAAACGAAAAGUUUUUUUUCAAUAAAAUUACUAAUCGCAACAAUAAUAAAAAUAAUAUUAAUAAUAAUAACAACAAACAAAACACUAAGCAAUUUGUGAGCAUCCAUCAAUUGAUAAUGUAAAUUGUUUGGGUGGUUAAAGUGGGGGCAGAUCGUUGUAAAAACAAAAAAAAAUUGAAAACAAAAUGAAUAACAAAAAGAUACACUAAAACGAGACUUAAACGCUAGUAGUUAUUAACAAACGAAUUAACAAAUGAAACCUAGGCAAAAACAAGAACAAGAAUACGAAAAACGAUACUUAGUCGAAGUCGGAUGCGAGAGGAGAGCAAGAGAAAGUAAACAUUAAGAAUGGGUAUGUACCAACAAAUGGUGUUUAAAGAGUUAUUGUACUUUAUAUUUACCUAAACAAAUUACAUACAUGCGUAUACACACUCACACACCCACACACACACGCAUAUACACUAUGAUGGUUUUAAGUUGCACGUUAAUAAUACGAUAUAAUUGUAUUUAUAUAGUAUAUAUAAAUGAUGUAUUACGCAUGGAAAGCGAGCAAUCUAAACAUUAACUGAAUCAAAUAAAACCAACUAACAAAAACUACAUACAUACAUA